AUGGCCCCAGUUUCGCCAGCUUCACCAGAUUCGCCAGUCUUGCAGUUGUCAGAGAGAAAAAGGAAAAGCGCCCGCAGCGCCAGGCGGAACGACGUGGGCCUCUUCAGGGGCUUCUCUCGUUGGCUGCUUCAUCACCAGAUCAGCGUCCCCUUUAACCUCAUCGCCAUUCUCUGCCUGGUCCACCUGUACAUACCCACCGCACGACAGCAUACGUCCAAGUUCUUUUGGGUAUCACAUUACAACCCAUCCACGGGGCAGUAUGGCGUUGGCGAUGGCGACUGCUACUUUCUCGCAUUCUGCAUCGUUCUUUUCACCGGCCUGCGCGCUGGCUUCAUGAAUUAUGCUCUGGAUCCGCUCGCGAAGCGGUGGGGGAUAUCCAAGAAAAGGGACAUUACCAGGUUCUCCGAACAGGCGUGGCUCCUGUGCUACUACUCUAUCUUUUGGACACUCGGAGUGUACAUCUACUGCACGUCAAAGUACUUUCUGAACAUGAAGGAAAUGUUCACCGACUGGCCCACGCGUGAGCUCCCGCAGAUCACCAAGGCGUAUAUCCUGGGACAAUGGGCCUUUUGGCUGCAGCAGGUUCUCGUCAUCAACAUCGAAGACCGCCGCAAGGAUCACUGGCAGAUGCUGGCCCACCACAUGGUGACCAUCCUGCUGAUCCAUACCUCGUAUUCUUUGCACUUGACUCGUGUCGCCAAUCUGAUCUUGGUUCUGAUGGAUAUCGUUGAUAUCUUCUUCCCGCUCGCCAAGUGUUUCAAAUACCUCGGGUUCUCCAUCCUGCGAGACAUCAUGUUCGGCGUCUUCAUGGUGUCGUGGUUCGUCGCUCGCCAUUUGUGCUACAUGAUCACGCUUUGGGGUAUCUAUACGUACAUGCCCGCAACCAUUCCCGUUGGCUGCUACCAAGGAUCCCAGAACAAUCUGACUGGACCAACCCCGCUACCUGAGCACGGCUGGUCGCACACGUUGGAGCCGUUCCGAAAUCCUUCAGGCACCAUUUGCCACAGCGACAAUGUCAUGUGGGGAUUCCUUGGAGCCCUUGGCUUUCUCCAGGUGCUCACUAUCUUUUGGUUCUUCCUGAUUGUGCAAGUCGCCAUUCGGGUUGUUCAAGGGAUCGGUGCAGAUGAUAUACGCAGUGAAGACGAUGGUGAAAACACAGACGAGGAGGAGAAUGACAGCGAAGAAGUAGAUGUCAGCAUCGAGCCAGUUGUCUCCAAGGUGUGGAAGAAUAGGACAGACCUUCGGAAAACCCCGGGCUCUUCUGGAGUGAGCCUUCCUGGGCAUCGUGAUAGAAAGGAGUUGCUAAGCCGCAUCGGCUGCGAGAAGCAACUUGAGUGA